CCGCGGAUAUCCAUCUUUUAAUAUAUCUUCUACAGUACAGUGUAUAUAUAUAUGGAUAAAACUCGCACACCACCUGGAUGGAAACACCAGAAUUAACAUCAGCACAGUGACUCAACAUCAGAGGCAAUGUUACAGCGGAAUUCAUCAAGGAGCAUACACAACACAAAUGAAUCCACGUCUGUCACUAGUCUUCCUCUCCGUCCAUCUCGCUCAGACUCUAAGACCUCCCGGUUUAAUCUGGCCUAAGCUGGUGAUAGGCAGUAAAGCACUGAGGAAUCAGGAUUGCAUCCAGUGGGAACAUUGUCCUAAUCCCCUUCUGCCCUCUCCUUUGUAAACACUCUUCUCUUCGUUAGGGCCGCUGAUGCUUUUUCCGCCCUCCUCCUCCAUCUCUGUCACAAUGUUCCUCAGUAGAGACGCCGGGAAAACAUAGAAUAAAGGAGCAAGAAGUGUGGAUUUCUUAUGAUUUCAAUGAGACUUGAGCCUCACGUGGCGAGUGAGGCCUAAUGGUCGGAGCAUGCCAUGUGCUAGAGCGGUGAAUGAGUGGGAGAUCAGGCCCACGUCUGCUCUGCGGGGGAUCAGGCGGACCAGGGUCCUGAUGUGGCAGCGGAUACGGGGACUGGCCCGGGCCUGCCAGCAUGGUGUGGGAUACCCUGUGAACUACAAUGACCCAGUUCAAGAGGAGCAGGAGAUGGUGUGCCUUGAGCCCAUGGGAUCAGAGCGGAUGGAGAUGCGAAAGAGGCAGAUGUCGGUGCAGCAGGAGUCGGCAGCGGGGGGAACUGCACCAGCCCAGCAGGGCCAGCCGGAACAGGCCAACCCACGGGGCUCAAAUGCAUGUUGCUUCUGCUGGUGUUGCUGCUGUAGCUGUUCCUGGAAUGAAGACCGGGAAGAAAGGAACCGAAAGGCUUCCUAUGACGUCAAGGAAGGGACCGCAGACUGUGAAGACUGUCCUAAGCCCACACUGGAGGAGGUCCGCUCAUGGGGGCAGUCGUUUGACAAGCUGAUGUGUUGCCCGGCUGGGAGGAACUCCUUCCGACAGUUUCUCCGCACCGAGUUCAGCGAGGAGAACAUGCUCUUCUGGUUAGCCUGUGAGGAGUUCAGCAAAGAUCCCAAUAAGAGCGCGAUAGAAGAGAGGGCUCGGGUCAUCUACGAGGACUACAUCUCCAUUCUCUCACCUAAAGAGGUGAGCCUUGACUCCCGUGUGCGUGAGUCGAUCAACAGGAACAUGCAGGAACCCACCUUGCACACGUUCGACGAUGCCCAGCUGCAGAUCUACACACUAAUGCAAAGAGACUCGUAUCCCCGCUACAUGAACUCCCCAGACUACAAAAACCUGCUCAACACUCUGUCAGAGCAGUCCCCCGAAUCUUAGGGUGGUGAUGACCUGUGAUCUUUUAACUCUCUUUAUCACCCCCCCCCCCCCCCCCCCCCUCCCUUUUUUAAAAUUUUCUUUGUAUGUUCAGUGUAGGAUUACAUGAACCGGGCCUCGGGCCUGGCCCCUCCCAGGGAUCUCAGCGCUAUUGUGAUCUGCACCUGACCGAAGACACUCAGGUCUCAAAAUCUCCCGAGGGCUCGACAUCACAAGUACUGCUACAGAUCAACAUAGCAAAACACUCCAAAGGAAUACAAAUACAUUUUGUUUGUUUUCUUUUUCUUUCUUUUGAUAGAAAUAAUCUAUUUUAUUUGUGUUCAGAGUUUUUUAUGGUCUGUUGUUUUUUGUAUGAUUGUUGGGGGGAAAUGAUUCCUACUGUAGACUAUAUAUUUAUGAGUUUGUAAAUAGUACAAAUGGAAUUGUGGGUAUUUUAUGUAGAAACGCCUGGUUCUAUUUAAUGCGUAUGAAAAUCAAAGCUCAAGUCAAAGGCUACAUGUUAGCUCUACUUGCAGGCAGCUUUGUGGGGUACUGUAUGAUUUUACCUUGGUUUCACCCUGUUUUGUUACCUAAUCUCACACUUGGGUACCACGACUGCAACUUGGCAACUCCAGUUCAUGUAGAAACUGUGUGUGAUUGAAAAUGCUGCAAGUGUUGUUAUGAAGUAACAGAAAGUGACGAUAACUGUUGUCACGGUGUGCAAUUUGUUUCCUUAAGAAACUCAAAUGAAUGAUGGAAGAGUAUUUUAACUUUCUUUCCUCAAUCUUAACCACAGAAGAAAGCCUAUUUAAGAGAGGAUUUUUCAUUCAAGUGUUAAUCAUGGCACACCUCAUAGGUUUAAUAUAGUUUUAAAAGUGUGACAUAAGAACCUAAGUAAUUCUAUUUAUCAGAUAAAGUAUUUUUUAUUUAUUAAUAUCUAUUGCCAAUAUAGAAAAAACAACACGUAUAAAUUAUAUUUAAGUACUACGGUGGAGUAAACUAUACUGUUAGGUCACUGCCAGAAAAUGUAGAAAUUUGGGUUACACUUUAUUUUGUGUCUGUAAUUUCUUAAUUUCUUGGAAGUUUCCUGAGAGAACUAAGUAAUUUGGUAGUAAUUUAGUGGAAAACAAGUAUUUAAAUCUCCAUUUAUGUCAACUUGUAAAUUUUCCUGGAAAAAAACCCACAUUUUUUCAUUUUUAGCUGAAAAGGAUUUGGAAUUAUUUAAUUACAAUUAGUGUGUCAACUGGUCUCCUUUUUAUAAACAGUCCGUACUUGAAUACAUUGUUCUUUUCAGGAAACUUCUUGGAAAUUAGCAGGAAAUUACAGACAGGUGAAAUAAAACUAAAAUUUGUGAGAUUGACCAUUUUUGACAGCAGGUAGAGUCGUUUGUGUAUCAUCCUGCAAGAUUCUGACUUAAAUAUAUCUUUUAAAAGUCCACCUGCAAUAUGCAAUUGACUUCUAAAUGAAAGUGACUGCCAGGUUAGCAGAACACCAAAGCUACCAUGUAAACUGUGUUCAUACGCUUAUCGAGUGUUUCCAUUAACUAAAAUUGGAGUUGCCAAGUGUUAAAUACUUUUAUGUAUUCUGAUAGUGUUAGUUGAAUUACUUUGUUGCCUCACAAACAUGUCACUCAAAGACAAGAUCCUCACAUGGGGAAGUGCCUUGACAUUCAAUUUUAUGACAUCUUUCUCAUGGGCAACAACAAUUGUUUUUCAGACUCUUGCUAUGAGGGUGGUUACGGGAGCACGAGGCCAAUUAACUGGAUAUUGUCCCUCUCUUUGGCCAAAUUAUUGCAUGUGUUUUGUCUUGAUUCCUUAGUCGUGGCUACUUCAGUGCAUUUUGGUAGCACUACCAAGCAGUAUGGCAGAGAGUGAUGACAACACAUGUCUUUAUUUGCAGAGGACAAACAAAGAUCAGUGGAUAGGGCUGGUUGAUCUGAACGUCUUGCCAACCUGCGUGCUUCUCAGUGGCACUUCUACUUGUCUUAGAGUUAACUUUAACUUACUAUGUGCAAUUUGAGCUGAUGGAUACACCGCGUAGAUCAACCUCAAAACACAAUCUAAGCCAAUGGUUUGGAGUGAUGCCUAUAAAUGUUGUUUCUUCUUCUGUUUACUAUAUGAAAUGUGUUAUUUUGCGCUGGGUUUACUGAUGAAUACCUUUUUAAAAAAACAAAUAAUGUGAAUGUUUACAGUAUAUGGUUUAGUUUUUUUUCUGCUGCUCUCCAAGAAAAUAAUGACUUGUGGGCAUUUUGAUUGAGAUAAAAUAAAGCACAAUAAUUUU